UUCAUCUUUAUUUGUCUUCAGUUCCCUUAUGUGCCUCUUGGCCUGGUAUCAAUACGCGGCUUGAGUCAAUACGCUCUACAUUUGUAUUGAGCGGGUUGUUUGCUGAGUAAAAAAAAAGCACGGAGCUUACCAUUAGCGCUAUUCUGUUACCUCCGUAGCCUUACUGGGGACGCACGCCCGACAGAUAUUGUGUCACCUAGCCCUGCUGGACAGGGCCUGUCUUCUUGUAUAUCUGUCAAGGCUAUAGCUGGAGUUGAAUUCUUGGAGAGAGUCUAAAUAAUUUGAACAACGUCUAGUGAGCUAUACCGAGGAAAAACAACUCUGAGAGACAAGAAGACAAUUGACAGGAGACUUCCUUUCCAACGUGCGAUGAUAAAAAGUAACUUGCUGCUGGGAGCGUACUUGGUAUGUGUCCUGAUCGUCCUGGGAGAAGCACAGAACAACACACGUGACAGUGCAAGAGUAUGUCAGCUUAAAGUUGAGCCAUGCAAUCCUGGAAUAGACCAAGACAGAUGUGGCAUACAGAAUGACUACACUGAUCAAUUUGAUUGGUACCAACAAGAUGGUAUGUUUAGAGUUAACUGCAGUGGUGCAUCAGUUGGAGACCAAGCUGCAUUCAAGACUGGGAAUGAAGACUUUCUUGUGGGCCCAAUGGGAGGGUGUGCUUACAUUUUUUAUGUCAAUGGUGGAGCACCCGAUGAACUCACUGUUGAACCAGCAUUGGCUAAUGGCACCAUGUAUGGUGGUCUUGCACCAACAGUGAAUGACUCUCAGCAUCAUGUGGCCUCAAUCUCCUUGUUUCCUGGCCGAUAUAGCUCUGUGAAUUUCACCUACACUUGUGCCAGCCAGAAUUCUAUUUUUGACAUCUUUGGGAUCGGACUUGCCAAUGGAAGCUAUUGUGAUACGAAUGUGUCUGCAUACUUGAACGUUGUCAUGGAGAGACAUCAGCACUGGGCUCAGGAAGCAGACUGUUCAGGUUAUUCUGGUUCUGGUUACUCUGGAUAUAGUGGAUUUUCUGGCUCUGGAUACUAUGGAUAUUCCGGAUCUGGCUCUGGAUACUAUGGAUAUUCUGGAUCCUCUGGCUCUGGACAUUCUGGAUAUGCACCUGGCUUAUGCAACUUUGGACCAGAGGAUGGGAUGUGUGACAUAGUUCAGGCUCUUGAUGAUGAUGGCAACUGGACUUUGAACACUAAUGCUCGUCACCUACAACUCAAUUGUUCACUGCAACCAGGCGACAGCAGACUUACAAGAACAGUUCAGCUUAACUACACCACCUGUGCUAGUGUUGGCAUGGACAUGAGGUACACUUCCCCGGAUACAUACUUCCUGUUCCUUGUCAGUGGGACAACAGGGAAUGGAAGUUUGGAUGAGGUGAUAGGAAAUGUGUCUGGUGGCAGAGAGUAUCAUUAUGAGGUGCUGUCAAAUACUGUGCCUCCUGGAAACUACAUAUUUGAGAUAGUUGGACAUUGUGGACAGGCUGGUGAGAUGGUGGUCCAUUAUGGGGGAGGCUAUGAUGGAGAGUGCUAUGAUUAUAAUCAGCAGCAACCUAGCUAUUGCAGCUUUGGACCAGAGGAGGGAAUGUGUAACAUAACACAAGAUAUAAAUGAUGAUGGUAACUGGACACUUAAUACUACAGCUCGUCAGCUUCAACUGAACUGCUCAUCUCAACAAGGCGAAAGCAGACUUAUAAGAACAAUGCAGUUUUACCUCACCACCUGUGUCAACAUUGGUAUGGAUAUAAGUCUUGCUUCCCCUGAUACAUACUUUCUGUUCCUGGUUAUUGGGACAGCAGGGAAUGAAAGUAUUCAUGAGGUGAUAGCCAAUGUGUCUGGUGGUGGAGAUUAUCGUUAUGAGUGGCUGAGCGAUACUGUGCCUCCUGGAAAUUAUACAUUUGAGAUCAUUGGACAUUGUGGACAGAGUGGUCACAUGGCAAUCCACCAAUCUGGUGGCUAUGAUGGACAAUGUUAUGAUUAUAAUCAGCAGCAACCUAGCUAUUGCAGCUUUGGACCAGAGGAGGGAAUGUGUAACAUAACACAAGAUAUAAAUGAUGACGGAAACUGGACACUUAAUACUACAGCUCGUCAGCUUCAACUGAACUGCUCAUCUCAACCAGGCGACAGCAGACUUAUAAGAACAAUGCAGUUUAACCUCACCACCUGUGCCAACAUUGGUAUGGACAUGAUGCUUGCUUCCCCUGAUACAUACUUCCUGUUCCUAGUUAGUGGGACAGCAGGGAAUGAAAGUAUUCAUGAGGUGAUAGCCAAUGUGUCUGGUGGUGGAGGUUAUCGUUAUGAGUGGCUGAGCGAUACUGUGCCUCCUGGAAAUUAUACAUUUGAGAUCAUUGGACAUUGUGGACAGAGUGGUCACAUGGCAAUCCACCAAUCUGGUGGCUAUGAUGGGUACUGUCAUGAUGGUGCCACUGGAGAUAGUGGAUAUAGUGGUGACAGUGGAUAUAGGGGUUAUACUGGUGAUGGUGGUUACCUGUGCCAUUUUGGACCAUAUGACAGGAUGUGUGACAUAGUUCAGGAUAAUGCUGAUAAUGGAAACUGGACUCUGAAUGUUAAUGAGAACAGAUUACAGCUGAACUGUUCACAAGAGUCCGGCAGCAGCAGACUUUUUAGAGAAAUACAGUUCCAACACACCACAUGUGCCUUUGUUGAAAUGGAAAUGAUAGGCACCUCAGCUGGCUCAUACUUCCUGUUCUCUGCACAAGGGACAACAGCCAAUAACAGCUUUGAUGAGGUGAUAUCCAAUGUGUCUGGUAGCGAAGGGUAUUACUAUGGCCGGGAAUCGUACCCUGUGCCUCCAGGAAAUUAUACAUUUUAUAUAGAAGGCUACUGUGGGGGGAGUGGAGGGAUGGUGAUAAGGCAAGUGGGAGGAUACGAUGGUGAUUGCAAUCGUGGUGGAAAUCAGCAGAACUGGCCCAUGGUCUGGUGUUAUCCUGGAGUCUCCAUCAACACUUGUGAGGCAGGACAUUGGAUCUCUGAUGAUGGAAAUUACCCUGACUAUGAAAAUAACACUCACUAUGGCAAUAACACUUACUAUGGUAAUGAAACUUACUUCGGAAACUAUACUUACAAUGGUAAUGAUACUAACUUUGGAAAUUACACUUACUAUGGUAAUGAUACUGACUUUGGGAAUUACACUUACAAUGGUAAUGAUACUAACUUUGGGAAUUACACGUACUAUGGUAAUGACACUAACUUUGGAAAUUACACUUUGUUUGGAAAUGAUACUAAUUUUGGCAACAGCACCUUUUAUGGGAAUUACACGGAUGAUGGAAAUACUAACUAUGGCAACAACACCUUUUAUGGGAAUUACACGGAUGAUGGAAAUACUAACUAUGGCAACAGCACCUUUUAUGGGAAUUACACGGAUGAUGGAAAUACUAACUAUGGCAACAACACCAGCUAUGGCAAUGCUGCUAACACCACAAGAACCUACACCAGUACAACGAUGAGCCCUCAAUUUCUGCGUUGGCUUCAGUAUCAUCAUGUCUUUGCCUGUAAUAUCACAAAAAAUGAAAUGUGUGGUUUCAAUCAGAAUUAUACAGCAGACUUCAACUGGACCCUUACCCACCAUGGACUGAUGUUGAACUGCUCCCAGCGGCAGAUUGAUGACGAGGCAAUUGUUUCCAUGAGAGACUUCAUGAAUGUGACACAGGAAACUUGUGCCUCCGUUGUGUACCAAAAGCGCGAUGUUAACACUGUCCUUCAGAGCUGGGUGAUCUAUGAGCAAGGAGAACCACAGCUUCUAGCUCACCUCCCAGAGCUACAGUUUGGCUACGAGGUGAUUGCUGCUGGAAUAACAGUGCCUCCUGGCAUGUACAGAUUUGGCUUUCUUGGAGGAUGUACUUCUGGAGGGAGAGUGCAGGCGAAUCUCACAAGGAUUGCUUUUCUUCCUGGGACUUGUCAAGAAUGGGUUAAUGAUCUUGCACCCAUCGUUCCAAGUGAUGUUUUGGUUCUACCUCCACCUGAACCAUUUGAACCCAUUGUUGAUGAAGAUGAUUGUGCGAGUAGCCCAUGUCAAAAUGGAGGCACCUGUAAUGAUUUGUGGCUGGAUUUUUACUGCAACUGUACAGAUGAAUUCUACGGAAAAUUUUGCAACAUGACUUAUGAAGGUGAAAAUGAAUGUGAAAGCAACCCCUGCCAGAACCAGGCCUCUUGUGUUGACCUGAACCUUGGCUAUAGCUGUGAAUGCCAACCUGGCUAUGUUGGGCAUGACUGUGAGACAAACUUAGAUGACUGUGGGUCCAACCCAUGUGCAGCAGGCUCCACCUGCACAGACAGGGUGAAUGCCUUUUACUGUGCUUGCCCUCCUGGAAUGACAGGACAGGUGUGCGACUCAGAAAUAGAUGAAUGUGCCAGCAACCCCUGUCGUAAUGGUGGCUAUUGUAACGAUUUAUUGGCAAUGUACCAUUGUGAAUGUGAAGAGGGGUUCACUGGGGUUAACUGCCAGACAAAUAUAGAUGACUGUGUGAGUGUCACCUGUCAGAACAGUGGCACCUGUGUGGACUUAGUGGGGCAGUACAGCUGUGUGUGCCCACCUAAUGUAACUGGGGAGCACUGCCAGACAUUGGUUCCUUUCUAUGGACACUGGACUGCAUGGGGUGCUUGCUCUGCAGAGUGUGGUGAGGGAGCUGAGCGAAAUCGCACCCGUCCAUGCACGGACCUAUCUGGAGCAAGUCGUGCUGUGGCUGAUUGUGAAGGAUUUACAGGCACCGCAGCUAUUAAAUAUGUGAACUGCAACCUAUCCAGAUGUGUUGCUCCUAAUAAUCCUUGCCUGCAGUCUCCAUGUGGCAUCCUUCAUAACUGCUCCGUCAUAGACAAUGCUGGACACUACAGGUGCAGCUGUGCAAACGGCUAUGAGCACCCCACCGACGACCAGGGACAUAACAUUGAGAACCAAUGCGUUGACAUUAAUGAGUGUUUACGGUCCAUCAAUGAUUGCACAGAUCCUGGUGGCUCCCAGCUGCUUAGUGUGGCAGAGUGUGUCAACCUGGAAGGCAACUACAGCUGCCUGUGCCAAGACGGAUAUACCAGGAAUCCCAACAACUCGCAUGGAUGUAUAGACAUAGAUGAGUGUGAGCUGGGGACCCACAACUGUGACGUUGAUGGCCGAGCCAAGUGCACCAACCUUCCUGGAGGAUUCAGAUGUCGCUGUGUUGCUCCAUAUAAAGGCAGUGGAUUGAGGGACAGUUGCAUAGAAAACAGACUUGUUGCCUUUGCUGACCACCACAAGUUGCCAUUCCUUGGUGCCGAUAUCUCAGCAAUAAGUGAUUUCUUUUUCCCUAAGUAUGGUAUACCCACAUUCGACGGACUGAUUCUACCAUCAUUUUAUUUUACCCAACACGGAGUGGUAAUGUUCAGUGAUGUGGAAGACUGGGAGGCGUUUGCUGACCAAACCAAGCUUCAGAAGGCAUAUCGCAACCCCACCAUUCUCCCCUUAAACCGGGUCUACUUCCCAUUUGGAUCCAGAGAUAUCGGAGGAAUCGGAGCAUACUGGGCCAAUAAUGUGAUGGAGGACGAAGCAGAUGGACGUGGGCUCUAUUUCAAGGAAUACAAACUGGAUAAUGUUGCGGAUGCUAAUGCAAUCAAGACUGCCUCUGCUAAGGUUCAAAGUGCCCAUAGCUUGACCAACUUCAAUGCAGAGUACAUGAUCAUUGUUACCUGGAAUAAGAUGCAGCAUAAGAUUAACACGUGGCAGGAGGUGACAUUCCAAAUUAUCAUUGUGACCGAUUACAAAAACACUUACUGCCGCUAUGUGUAUGAUGACAGCGGCAUGAACUGGAACCUGACUCUAAAUGCAGCAAACUCUCCAAACUUCCCUGCUCGUGUGGGCUACCUUAUACACAGCUGGUGGCCAUUUGUUCGUCGUGGUGUAGAGUGGCGGUAUUCAUACGCCAGUGUGGCAAACAAGAGACAUAUAGAGCGGAUAGACCAGGAGGUCGGAACCAGUAAAGGCAUCUUUGACUUUGCCCUGAGUAACAAUCCUGCUGACUUUGAGAACCCUGGCAAAGCUUGUUAUGAUUGGAUAUUAGAUGAUAUCGAAUAUGAGAGACGUUUUGGAGCACUCAAUAAAGAGGAGGCAGGAAAAUGCCCCCGUGUCUUUGCUCUGCUGAGUAGGCGUACUUGGAUUGCGUUCAGAAGCAAUUGGUUUGCCACCUGCUAUGUAAGGCGAAUGCCUUUGGGCUCAGGUGAUGAAGCACGAUCCCCGCGCUGCUGUUACGACAUCUUCUUUGGUGCCCUGGUAAAAGAUUGGUGGCUCCUGGACGGCAUGAAUGUCUUCACUCGCUUUCCCCUGUCCACAGCCCGUGGUCGCAGUGAGGUGAAGGCUUUCCAAGACUGCUGCUUAAAUAGCUGGGUCCAUUGUUUUGACUAUUUUGACAGGAGACCAAUCUCCACAGGGAGCUUCUUCUUUGCUGCAGUCAUUGCCCUGUCAGCUGGAGACCCCCACAUCACCACCCUGGAUGGCCACCAGUACACCUUCAAUGGCUGGGGAGAGUACAACCUGGUCAGUGGCAACCACUUCACGCUGCAGGGCCGUACGGCACCUGCAUACACCGCCAACCCUCCACCACGUGCUACCGUGUUCACGUCGUUUGUUGCACAACAGGUAGUGCCAGGGAGCUCUAACAGUGAUAUUGUGGAGUUCAGGCUGAAUGCUACUGGAGAUGGUGUUGAUGUUUUAGUGAAUGGUAUCCUCCAGAAUGGGUCAUUCAGUGGUGAUGGUCAAACAUUCACCAAGGUGGUCAUCUCUGAGCUGAAUGGACGUUACUCCAUGGGGUUCUCUACAGACAUAGAGAUUAGAGUGGAGGCCUCUUUGAACAUGACCUCGGUGACAGUGGUGGCACCUGCUGCAUGGAAUAACAGUCUGACUGGUUUGAUGGGGAACUUCAAUGGAGACAAGAUGGACGAGUACAUGUAUCCCAAUGGCUCUGUGUUGUCUAUUAAUGCCACAGAGGAAGAAGUCUUCUACUAUGCACAACACUGGGCCAUUGACCCAGCCAUGUCCUUGUUUACCUAUGAUGAUAUCAGUGCAUACAAUGCAAGCGACUACGGAAACUACACCUUUACACCACUUUUCUUCAACCUGGACACCAUGUUCUCUGACAAUGCAACACGAGAGUUGGCCAUUACUACGUGUGGAGGCAUGGACAACCUGAACAGGGAAUGUGUGUUUGACAUUGCCUUGACAGGCAACGCAGCUGUGGGUGCAUCUACCUCCGCCUCACAGCAGCAAAUGGCCACAGAGCAGGCCACACAGAAUAACUUCCCCCCAUCGUUCUCCACCAGCAAUGUCACCCUGAGACUCCUAGUGGGACAGAACAUGGAUCCAAUUACCAUCCAAGCUACAGACCCCAAUUCAGGAGACAGCGUCACAUUCAGCCUAGCAAGUCCUGUUCCUCCGGGUUGUGCUAUAAACCCAACAGGUGGACAGCUGUCCUGGAACUCUGUACCUUCCAACCUGACCAGAAACGAGACCGUGACCAUAGUGGCCAGUGAUGGCACUGCAUCUGCCUCUCUUACUGCCAAGGUCCACUUCUGUAACUGCACCAACGGGGGCACCUGCAAGUAUGAUGUUGUCACCUCCACAGAAAACUUUGUAGUAGUGCCGUGCCAGUGCCAGAGUGGCUACGAGGGCGCCCAGUGCCAGACAGACAUAGAUGGGUGUGCUGACACCCCCUGUUACUCUGGGGUGUCCUGUGAGGACAGACCUGCACCUCAGACUGGCUUCACCUGUGGCACCUGUCCUCUGGGGCUCAUUGGGGAUGGUACUGCUUGUGCUGAUCAGGAUGAAUGCUACAAUAACUCGUCUCCCUGUACUCAGACCUGUGAGAAUCUGGCUGGAAGCUACCAGUGUUCUUGUAACUCAGGCUAUCUGCUGGGACCAGACCUCAACACUUGCAUUGAUGUGGAUGAAUGUAGCCGUGGCACCCAUAAUUGUGACACAAACGCUGUGUGUAACAACACUGCUGGGUCGUUUGCCUGUACAUGUGCCACAGGGUAUGCUGGGACAGGAAAAACUGGAGAGUGUCAAGAUAUCAAUGAGUGUUCCAGUAACCCCUGUGGUCUGAAUGGCCAGUGCCAGAACUCGGCAGGCAGUUACGUCUGUAGUUGUACCCUUGGCUAUCAGCGCAAUCCAGUCACAAAUGCCUGCGAUGAAAUCAAUGAGUGUGAUGGUGAUAACAACUGUGAGCAGACCUGUGUUGAUGGUCUGGCAACCUACACUUGUAGCUGUACCACUGGAUACAGACUAAAUCCUGCAGAUGCUGUCUCCUGCUUACCUGAGCAGCAGUGUAGCAGCUCGGAGGCCACUACCUGUAGCAAUGCAGGGGACGUGAACCCAACCUGUGCUGUCAUCAGUGGAGUACCCACCUGUUCCUGUCCAGACAACUACGCCCUGGACGCAGCCAAGAAAUGCAUUGAUGUGAAUGAGUGUCUGGGUUCCCACCAGUGCCUGCCAUCAGGUGUCGCCACCUGCAGUAAUAUCGUUGGAGGCUACACCUGUGCCUGUAGUUCAGGCUACUCACUGGGCACCAACAACAGGACAUGUAUAGAUAUAAAUGAGUGCACACAGACCACUGCAGGUGGCGCCGCCAUGCACAACUGUGAUCUCACAAGAGGCUCGUGUGUGAAUAUAGACGGAGGGUUCACCUGCACUUGUAACAACGGAUACACUUUGAAUUCCAAUGGAUACACUUGUGAUGACAAGGAUGAGUGUGCCUCAGCAACGACCAAUGACUGUGACAAAAACUAUGCCACAUGUAACAACACUAUUGGUAGCUACACCUGCGCCUGUAACACUGGCUUCACUGGUGAUGGAUACAUAUGUGCUGAUCUCAAUGAGUGUGGUAGCAGUGACCAGGGAGGCUGUGUCCAAGGCUGUACUAAUAACAUGGGCAGCUACUCCUGCUUCUGUGGAAAUGGCUACAAUCUGAACAGUGAUGGGCGGUCUUGUGAUGAUGAAAAUGAGUGUGCACUAGAAUCCAACCAUGGCUGCUACUCCAGUGCCUACUGUAAUAACACAGUCGGCAGCUAUGAGUGUACCUGUCCCACAGACUUUGUGCUGAAAGCUGACGGCCGCACCUGUCAACCUGCCAAUCAGUGUGAUGCUGGCCAUGGCUGUAGUUACCUGUGUGCCAAGCUGAACAAUGGUACUGAUGUGUGCCAGUGUGCCAAGGGAUAUGUCCUGGCCAGUAAUGGCAGAAACUGCACAGAUGUGGAUGAGUGCUCCUCUAGCAGUACCCACUCCUGUUUGGCAUCUGACAAUGUCCGCUGUGUCAAUGACCCAGGAACUUACCACUGUGAAUGUUUGGACUCCACUCAGUACCAACAGGUGGAGGCUAGAAAGUGUAUUGAUAUUGACGAGUGUUCUGCCAAGACAGCCACCUGUCCUGCCCACUCAUUCUGUGUCAAUGACCAGCCUGGGUACCACUGUGACUGUGUGGCAGGCUACAGGUUGGUGGCUGGCUCUUGUGUUGACACCAAUGAAUGCAGUGAGGGCACCCACGCCUGCCAUGCCUCCCUGGGGGUAUGCACCAACACAGAGGGGGCCUACACCUGCGCCUGUGUCUCUGGCUACACUGGGGACGGCGUGACCUGCACUGACCUGGACGAGUGUCUGGCCGCAGACUCUGGUGGCUGUGAUGUCCUGAGGGGGCGUGGUCAGUGCCAUAAUUACCCUGGCUCCUACAACUGCAGCUGUCGCACUGGCUACCUGCUGGCUGAUGACAGGAGAGUCUGUGAUGACAUCAAUGAGUGUGAUGCAGCCAACCCCCGACAUGACUGUAGUCAGCUGUGUGUGAACACUGAUGGUACCUUCAGAUGUGACUGCCAGCCUGGCUUUGUACUGGCUGCCGACCAGAAGAACUGCACAGUGAAGACCAGUUGUGCUGCUGGCCAUGGCUGCAGUGAUCUGUGUGCUGUGGUGAAUGGAUCAGAUACAUGUCUGUGUCAGAACAACUUUUUACCAGCUGGGAUCUACAAAGAUGAGUGUGCAACAAGCAACCCAUGUAUUGGUAGUAACAUUGCCUGCACGAACUUGGUGGGUGGCUAUCGGUGCACGUGUACCAAUGGGUACAAACUCAGUGCCACUGGACUGGAAUGCAAUGAUCGUGAUGGUGGUUUCACAGCCUGGGGGAACUGGUCUGAUUGUACUGUGACCUGUGAUGGUGGGACCCAGUGGAGGAACCGUUCCUGUACAAACCCUACACAGGUGGCCAAUGGUCUGCCAUGCUCUGGAGACUACACAGAAGUCCAGGCCUGCAACACUGAGUACUGCCCAUUAACUGCCACAGAGAGGACAUAUGGUGUCAUUGUUACCCUGACUAAUGUCACAGUUGCUCAGGUGACCUCCAUCAAGGACCUUAUUGUCAGUGUGAUAGUGACUGCUGUGAAUGACUUCUGUAACCUGCCCAGCUCCUUUAGUGUCUGCUGUCCUAACAGCGGAACAAGAAACAGCACUGGCAAUGAAACACUGGCCUUCACUAACACAUCCUUUGUCCAGAUCGGUGGCAGCUAUCCUCGCCCCAACCCAUUUGAUGCCACCAAGACGGAUCUCCUGGUGGUAGCCAAGGCCCCCAGGGACAAUGACUUGUGUGCUUCUGGUGUGAUCACAUCAGGCAGAAAGAAACGAGCAGUUAACUUGGACACUUCCACAGAGCUUGUCAUUGACCAGGCAACACUACAGACUACUGUGAAUAGUGCGGCUACAUCCAUCCUGGCAGUUGUGUCAUCAGCAUACCCCAGCCUCAGUGUCAUCUUGGCAGUCAUCACCCCAGCGGACCAGACGACCACUGCAGCACCUCUUAAUACCACAUUAGUCUCUAACACUACUGAGGCAGUGGCCCCAGCCCCAACGGACAUGACAUGGGCGUAUAUAGUUGGGGGUGUGCUUGGCACCUGUGUCCUGAUAGUUGUCAUAGUGGUGGUGGUCCUGGUGGUGAUGAAGGGUAAGAAGCAGAAGAUUGAUCCAUCGGAAGGAUCUAAUGAGGAGUCUGAGGGGCGUUACAGGACCACGAUUACCUCCUCAGGGGACCCCACCGUACAGACAACCCACUACAACAGAGAAGUAACUCAAGUCAGUGCAACCACUGGGUUUACCCUGCACUCGGCACCUGAGUCAACAUUUGUGCCAUCUACCACUGAUCUAAAGUAUUCAGACUCAGAUUUAAGACCAUCAACUGGGAGCCAGAGUCUGAAGUCGCAAAGCUCCACCAGUCAGAAUCAAGAGAACAGUGAGCCAAUGAAAAGAGAGCAGUCAUCUAACAGUCUGUCUGUGGGUAUUGGUGGAGAGAUGGUGUCUUCCCAGCCCAACACCCCUGGGCGUAACUCCCUCACCCCUGUGAUGCCACUGGAUACUACCGAGGUUCCUGGACCUGCCACUUACAACAUGCCUGGGGAGCUUGAGAAGGACCAGGUGUAGACAGUGGGUGAUGUUAUUCAUGGAUAUAUACGUGGACUUGAAAUGACAGGGAAAUCUUUGAAUGUGGAAAAAUUCCACUUCCUGGAAAGUUAAGGCUACUAGUUCCUAUAAGAUCUUUCAUUUUAGACAUAAUACGGUCUGUAAAUUUUUGAUGUACUCUUAAUUCAUUAAAUUCAGUUUUGACUGCAUUUGGUUCUCCAUUUUGAAACAUACAAACUGUGUCCAUAUGUACCUGUAUUGCAUUCUUUCUGAGAUACCAAACUGAACUCCAUAAGAUGUUCACAUUCCAAUGUACAUCAGGAUUGGGGAAUAUUCAGUAGUUGUUCCCGUUGUCCAGUUAUUAUUGUGUAAAAGCAUCUGUGAUAGACUUCCAUUUAUAUAGCAUUUAUAAAAAAGAUCUUUAUUUUAUAACUUCCGUGCAGCUUAUUAUAUGUGCAAAUAAUUCCAGUGUGGUAUUUUUAAAAUCUAAAUAACAUUCCUACAGUGCAGUACACUAUGGAGUUAGGUACUGUUGGAGACUCUCUUUUAAAUCUGUUUUUACUUAAUAUAUUUGGAUUGAUUAACAGCAGUCUAAUGUACAUGCAGUGCUGUGUCAUGUAAACUAGCAUAAUACAAUAUUAUACCAAAUAAUUUUGGAGGUAUUUUCCUAUUAAUACUACAACCAUAUGUAACUGUGUUCAGCGUUGUGUCCUUUGUGCUCAUUAUAUUUAUUGUUAGAGCAGUAUUAUCUCUUUUAUAGAACACUGCAGGCUAAUGUAUAUACCUAUUUGGUGAGAGCUGCAGUACUGUGGUAGUUCAAAUGAAGUAUUUCAGCCUGUCAGGUAAAUUAUUUUCUAUGAAGUAAAACUUGGAUUUCACAUGAUUAUACCAUUUGCAGAAACAAAAUUAAUAUUUGGACAGCUUAAACUUUUAGUAAUUCCCUGUGAACACAUAAUAGUUGCCAAUGACUUCUCGCUAAAUUAAUAAAAACUAAUUGGCUCUAAAAAAAAAAAAAAAAAAUGAUAUGAUGGACUUUCAUUGGUAGCUAGAAGAAACACAGGGUUUCAUUUAUUUGACACAGUAAGCGCACAUGGUAAAUGUCACAAAAUCAGUUCUGUGCCUUUUGAUUAUAUAAGAUCUUCAGUCAACUGUCGGGAUUGUUUCCUUUCUACAUAGUGGAAGACGUGAAAUAUCUCCAUUUUUUAUUAUAUCUAACCGGUUAUGGAUUUAAUAUGGAAAGGAUUUUUUUGGGGGGGCAAAUUUUUCCUUGAUGUGAAUUUUUGAAGGACAUGGAUUAUAAGAAAGCUUUCCAAUUUGUAUUAUAUUAUGUAUUUAUUCGGAUAUGGACUUUGUGCAUAUAUACAUUUUUUUUUUAGGUUUUAAAUUAUUAACAUUAAGAUAAAUGUGGUAAGCAACAUUAGCCUCAAAAGUUAGUGUGAUGCUAUCAGGUUUGUCUUUUGGUUAAAAAUCACUGAGUUUCACACAAUGAAAGAUAUUAGUCUGAAUUUGUAUCUUUUACUAAAUUUGAAAUUCCCAAAUGGCAUGUCUGUGUUGUGAAGUGAUGUAGAAUAAUUUAUAGCCCUGUUUUAUAUGGUGACCUAUACCGCUCUAGUAUUCUUCAUCUGUAAUUAUACUUUAUAUCAUCUUUUAAUUUUCCAAUAUUUUGAAUGUAGUCAUUGUCUGUCAAGUAACCUUACAUGCAUUUACAUGAUGGACAUAAUAAUAUAACUCUUUUAAAUGUUA